CUAACUAAGAAAGCACACGGAUAGUAUCUUAUAUCCGUUGGAUCUCUGACCAAAUUGCUAUAUAUUUAUUUCCCUUUACAAAGUUUUAGAUUCUUUCCCCAAUCUUCAGCGAACGAGUUUCAGAGAAGAAAAAAGCAAAAGUUUCGAGAGAUGGCACGUACAAAGCAAACUGCUCGUAAGUCAACUGGUGGAAAGGCACCAAGGAAGCAACUUGCAACCAAGGCUGCACGUAAGUCUGCCCCAACUACUGGUGGAGUUAAGAAACCACAUCGUUAUCGCCCUGGAACUGUUGCUCUUCGUGAGAUUAGGAAGUACCAGAAGAGUACUGAGCUCUUGAUCAGGAAGCUCCCCUUCCAGAGGUUGGUUCGUGAAAUUGCUCAGGAUUUCAAGACUGAUCUUCGUUUCCAGAGCCAUGCUGUUCUUGCAUUGCAAGAAGCUGCUGAGGCAUACCUAGUUGGACUCUUUGAGGACACCAACUUGUGUGCCAUCCAUGCCAAGCGUGUUACUAUCAUGCCCAAGGAUAUCCAGUUGGCUCGUAGGAUCCGUGGAGAGCGUGCUUAAGGAUGCUGUGAUCGGUGCUGUUUAGAUGGAGUGGCUGCUGAUAGUGUUUUGUUAUUGAAAUGAAUAGUUGUUUAGGGAAAUACCGUUUAUUCUCGUAGUCUGAUUAAUUGUGAUGAUAGAAAUAUACUUGCUAUCUUAAUUUUAGAUUUUGGGUUGUAUUUGCUUUCAAUGAUUUCAGAUCUUUUAAAUGUUUAUAUUUUUACUGGGUAUGCAGCCACUCAGGAUUUGUAUUGUGGACAACCAUUUGUUGCCAUCUAAUCUAGUAUUUUCUAGCUUUUGUGGAUA